GAAAUUGCCUGUGAUCUGAAAAUGCAGCGAGGGCGAUUGCUCGUGUGGCGGCGGCGGUGGUUCUCGGACGAGGCGAGUUCCGUGGCCAAGAAGUCCCUCCCCCUUGACGGAAGAAGAGGCGGCGGGAUGGCACACUUCCAGCCCAUUCCUUCCAUGGAAGCAUACAUGGAGCUUGCGACAGUGGCGCUGAACGACUCUGUGGACAUCGACAGCCCCGUCAUCCCCAACAACCCCGCUGCUGCUCCGCCAAAGUCAAACGAUUGAUACACUAAAUGCAUGAAUACACACCCUUCCUUAGACUAACA